GCCGUCGAUCUUACCACCAGUUGCUCGUUUGGAGCUCAGUGCAAAGCUUCAAAAUGAAACCAACAACAAUCUUCGUGUCACGCGAGGCUCUGAUUUGGAAAUUCAGAAGGCCCAAUACGCUUUCCAAGUUUUGAAAACCAAUAAUUGAACCUGGGAGCAAGUGAAAGAAGAUGUGCAAUUAGCAGUUCUGCCAGAGCCAUCUAGCCGACCAUCAUGGGCGAUACGAACCUGGAUAAAGUCCCAGAGACUGGCCCUGAGUCGGGGGAACCUGUUGAAGAGUCGGUACAUCUUUUGCCCGAGAAGAUUGAGAAGGAGAUCGAAAAGUGUUCGGCGGCAAAGAAUGGAGAUUACACCAACCAGGUGUCGAAUGGUGUUGGAAAUGAAGAAGGCAUCAAAUCCUCGGAAAGAUUGGAAGUUGCCCCCGUUGGUCCUGGUGUUUCCGCUCCCAACACUGGCCCCACGUCGGACCUUGAGGCCUACUGCAAGGGAUCGAACUUGACGACGGACAGUGGUCAUCCACCACCCACAGUUAGCACAUUCGAGACGAUCAAUGCCAUCCUCGACAGUAUGGAUAUCGAAGGACUCAGUGCCAAAUAUUGCACCUCAUUAAAACAGUCCCUGUUCUUAUCGUUCCUGUAUCUACUUGUGUUGGUGGCCUUGGCUCUCCUGGUCUCGGUCUGGUCUUACGACGACACCUCAAUACGGGGUGGGUUUUCCAGUCUUCCAUGGGUUUUAACCUUGAGUGCUUCUAUUCUGCUCCUCCUUCCCUGUUUACUGAUACUUCACGCUCGAAUUUUCCACUCCGCUCAGGGUCUUCUCAUCUUGGCUUCAUGGGCCACCAUCAUUCUGAUCGUUCUUUCAUCCAUUCUAACCUGGAUCCCUACCUAUGCUCCUGAUGGGAUCUUUGAAGAGCCAUCCUUCAAUGAGAGCUCGUUUCCUGCAGUUCAAGACUUCAAUUACACUUCCCCAGAGGACAAAAGUGGGGGCCCUCCGUUAGUCUGGUUCCACAUCCGGGUGCCCAAUCAUCUUCUUCCCAUUUUUCUCCUCGUUCUGGCUCUUCACACGUGCUUGCCUUUACCGAGGAUGGUGGCCCUCAUCCUCGGGGUCGGACUGUCGACGUUCCAUCUGACAGCCAUGGCCAUGUUGGACCGUGAACAUACAUAUCUAUCUUCUCCGCUUCUCAAAAAGUUACUUUCGAACGCCUUGAUCCUUCUUUGUGGAAACUUGGUGGGCCUUUACUAUCAACGAAUGACAGCCGCUUCCCUUCAGAAGACUUUUGAGCGAACUCAACAUUGUGUGGAAUCCCGCGUUAAAUUGGAAUGUGAAAAGGAACAUCAAGAACAGCUCCUCCUCUCCGUCAUACCCGCAUAUAUUGCGGCCGAGGUGAAACGAAAUAUCAUGCUGAGGAUGGCGGAUGCUUGCCAAGAUGGAAUGGGUGCCAAUGGGAUGAACGCUAAUACCGCCAAGAGUCAGCGGUUUCAAGAAAUGUACGUUCAGCGUCACAAUAACGUUAGCAUUCUCUAUGCGGAUAUUGUAAACUUUACCCCGCUCUCGGAGAAACUCUCUGCCUCAGAACUUGUGUUUACUUUGAAUCAGCUCUUCGGAAGAUUCGACCAAUUGGCUCAGGAUAACCAAUGCAUGAGGAUCAAGAUCCUUGGCGAUUGCUACUACUGCGUCUCUGGCCUACCUGUGAGUCGACCUCAACACGCGUGCAAUUGUGUGAACAUGGGCCUUUCAAUGAUUGAGGCCAUCAAAACUGUCCGUGAGGUGACGAGAACCAAUGUGGAUAUGCGGAUCGGGGUCCACACUGGCAAUGUCUUGUGCGGCGUGAUCGGACUGAGAAAAUGGCAGUUUGAUGUGUGGAGCGAUGAUGUGACCUUGGCCAACCGAAUGGAAUCUGGAGGAAUGCCGGGGCGAGUGCACAUCACUCGAGCAACUCUUAUGGAACUGGAUGGGAAAUUUGAAGUCGAAGAGGGAAACGGUGGAGAGCGAGACGAAGUCUUGGCCAAAAAUAAUAUCGAGACUUUCUUAAUUAUCUCCCCACCUCUGGACUCGUCUUCAGUGGGCGGAGGAUUUGGUCGAAGGCCGGGAAGCUACCGACAUCAAUCAUCGAACUCGUCGUCCUUGAUGAAUGUGAGUGGGAGCGGAAGUGCGGGCGGGGCUGGAACAGCACCAGGAACAGGGGGAAUUGUUCCACUUGGCAGCGGUGGUGUGGGCUCUGGAAGCGCGACAACAACAACGACAACAACAAUGGGAGGCAUGAUCAAGUCCAAACGGAAACAUAUGGAAUGCUGGGGAGCAGACAAGCCCUUCGCUAAUAUCACGGAAAACAAUUUGACGGCCAAAAGCAUUGCCAUAACGACGCUCUCCAUGAUUGAGUCGAAUCUACUUCCCAACAGAACUCGAUGUUGCGAUAAUAACAGCGAUCUUCGACCAGGUUGGCUCUGCUUCCGCUCUUUAGCAACGGAGCUCGAAUAUCAACGUCAGCCGGAUCCCAACUUUCCCUACUAUGUCGCCUGUGUGACGAUGAUCUUUGUGUUCCUAUCCAUCAUACAGUUUAUCCUCAUUCCCAGUACGAACCUCAUGUUCCUGGCAUGGGUCCCCACUGCCUUGGUAUUGUCGUUCUUCCUCGUGUUGACGUGGAUGCCAAUGCUGUCAUGGUCAAAAGCUGCCGAAAUGCCGGCAUGCCGGGAUGGCACAGGUGAUGUGAUAGCCAAGAAUAGUUGGAUCAGAAUGAUGCUAUUCUUUCUCAUUGUCACACUUACUGGAACAUGCGUCAUCUUGGUCCUCAUUGAUUCUCAAUCCUCGAGUGAUUUGGCUUUGGAAAUCGAGCUGCCAUUUCUCAAUUCAACUUCCAACCUCGCCAAUCUCACUUUCUCCACCACACUGAUAGCUCCUAUUGAAUCAGGCGAGUCUAACAACAAUUUUCGUGCAAUCAAUGGAUCGAUUCUCAACAUCGACGGAGAAGAGCCUAAUUUCACGCUGGACGCAGCCAUCAUGAGCUGUCUCCUGAGUUUAAUCGUGAUAUCCGUAUUCCUUCACGUGAACUUUCUUAUCAAAUUUGUGGCCAUGAUCUUGACGUCAAGCGCUCAGUUAGCCAUCUUCUUUGGCAUCAUUAGACACCAUCAGAGUGUUCCAUCAUGGACAGAUUCACAAGAGGAAAGUUGUGCUUGGCCAAUGUGGUUCCAAUUUGCCUUCACCGUUGGUGUCAUGUGUUUCCUCUUGCACAUUUUGGACCGUCAAUUUGAGUUCACCUCUCGAACGGAUUUUCUCUUUCGAAACAAACUCAGCACCGAGGAGGAAGGGGUGGACACCAUGAGAGGCAUUAACAAGAUUCUGCUGGAAAACAUUCUUCCGGCCCACGUGGCCGAGCACUAUCUUCUUCAAGUUCGAGGCCAGCCUUCAACCCAGAGCACUGCCGAGCUCUACAAUGAACGCUAUGAGAAUGUGGCCGUGAUGUUCGCUUGUAUUCCUAAUUACAAAGAGUUCUACGAUGAAAACGACAUCAAUAAGCAAGGGUUGGAAUGCUUGAGACUCCUCAAUGAAAUCAUCUGCGACUUUGACAAACUCUUAUCGAAGCCCAAGUUCAGCGUGCUCGAGAAAAUCAAAACCAUUGGAAGCACUUAUAUGGUUGCGGCAGGAUUGCAACCGGGCAAAGAAGGAGAACGCGCCACCAUACGUGAGCAUCACUAUUGUUCGAUCUUGGUGGAAUUCGCCGUGCAGCUGAUGACCCUAUUGGAACACAUUAAUCGGGACAGUUUCCAACGGUUUGCUCUCAGGGCGGGUCUCAAUCAGGGCUGCGUCGUGGCCGGAGUCGUUGGAGCGCAAAAGCCACAAUACGAUAUCUGGGGCAACACCGUCAAUGUGGCCAGCCGCAUGGAAUCCACGGGGGAAAUGGGUCGAAUACAGGUGACGGAAGAUACGGCGAAAAUUCUGAUGGGAGCCGGACACGAGUGUCUUUUGCGAGGGCCCAUUUUCGUAAAGGGCAAAGGCAUCAUCACCACGUAUUUUGUGCGAACCCCAUUUGACAAGAAAUACAAGAAGCCCAACCCGGAUGAGAGCAAGUACAAAAAGUAUUGAGGAGGAACCCACGUCUCCUUCGGCAACCAUGUAGAAGUUAGCAAUGUAACCGAAUACUCAAAAGAAUGCCAUGAAACCCAAAACUCAAAUCUCAUCGUAACCAAAAUAUAACUCAUCACACCCGAAACCCACACACCCACCCAUCCUCAUGAUUGAAACAUAUCUCUAAUCUUGUAAAAACCCACCUUCUACUGUACAUCACCCCAAGAAAAUUUGCCAUACUCAAUAGAGUAUCUAGAAAUGGGGGCUACUUUCAUAUCUAUCAAUGCAACAUUGACGGUGCUCUUCUGAUAGUAGAAUUUCGUAUGAAUUGGAAAAUCCAAUCUCAAAUGAAAACCUCUUGAGAUUGAUAAGUUUACUCUGGGCAAUUUCAGCAAUAAUGAUUGACUUGGCACGGUAUAUCAGAAGCAAUACGAUAUAGACCUUGGUCAGUGACCCCUAUUGAUUUUGGCACCACUCCUAAUUAAUUAUCCUUGGCUCCACCACAUGUUUCAUGAUGGGGCUGCCAAAAUUCAAGUUGCACAUGGAAUUCGUCUGGCCUCUUUUAAUAUCCUUCAUCCAUCACUUCCCCUCACUCACACCUCAACGUGGUCAAUCAAGAAUUGGAACUCAUUAUUAAGCUUACACUGCAACGUAUUAUGACCCCUCUGGCUUCUGUGAUAAAUGUUGGAUUAAUCUUAUAUCGAUUGUUGUUGUACCUAUUUAUUUAGUUGAGUAACUAGUAACAUAGAACCAUGAAAUUGUGAAAUUUAUUCGUCAAGAAACGUGGCAA